AUGUUCCCGCAAGGCAUUGAAGUGAUCAGGCCUGCAACUGGCGGCGUGUGGGUUCUCCGCGGGCCCCGGAGUCGCCUCGUCAUCAGCAAAAGUGCCGCACGCUUUGUCGUCGUCGUCGUCGUCGUCGUCGUGUGUGAUGGCAUGUGGCUGCUGGUGCCUCGUCCUGUCCCCCGUGGCCAGGUGUCGGGGAGCAUGGUUGUUUUCGGGGAAAAUGGCAGCCUUUUCUGUUCACCUCUGGAAACGCGACACGUCACAUCAGAAAUAGAGAGAAACAAGCAGACGUUCAGCACUGACCCCAAUAACCCGAAGGCUCGCAAGUCCUCUAACGACAACGGGUUGAUUCACCUCUACACUGUGGGCAUGAAGUCUGGGGCUGAUGGCAAACGGGUAGUGGUGGUCACGAAGCGGAGAUCCCUCCAGGGAAAACCCACCACCCCCUACCUGUGGACCACCACGAACAAGAACGCCCGGGCCACCCUCGGAAGCAUCGGGCAGAGGAUCCACAAAAACAAGGACCACCCAGAUCCGUACGUGGUCGCCAUUCGCACAGCCAGCGCCAUCCCUCGCCGCCAGAAGCCUGUGACGGUGAAGAGGAAGAGGCCCGCCCCACCAAGAGCUCCUGAGCACCUGCCCCCCACCUCCAAACCUUAUUGCGGCAAGAGCCGACUGUUACAAUGA